CUUCUCCCCACUCCUCUCGCCGCCCCCAAUUCUCGCUGCAGCAACCUCGCAUUGCUGCACUUCUUCUACCCUCUGCUGGUAUCGUCUUCGACAUGUUGGCCUGCCGUUCUUUUGCUGCGCCCGCGAGGCAAUGCCUACGUCGCGCCAGCCCAGCCACCCAGCGAUGGAUACCGGCACUUCCACAGUCCCAAUCGCGAUUCUACGCUGUCGCCGCGGAAGACAAAGUCGCAAAGUUCAAGGGCACCAAAGGCAACGACGGCAAAUUCACCGUGACGCUUAUCGAGGGAGACGGAAUUGGGCCUGAGAUCUCACAAUCAGUAAAGGAUAUCUUUUCUGCCGCAGGAGUGCCUAUCAAGUGGGAAUCAGUGGACGUCACACCAACUCUCAAGGACGGAAAGACCGUGAUCCCAGACGAGGCCAUUGAGAGUGUCACGAAGAACUACGUAGCUCUAAAAGGACCUCUAGCGACCCCCAUCGGCAAGGGCCAUGUCUCUCUGAAUCUCACCCUGCGACGAACAUUCAACCUCUUCGCCAACGUCCGUCCCUGCAAGUCAAUCGCUGGAUACAAGACACCAUACGAUGGCGUGGAUACCGUGUUGAUCCGAGAGAACACAGAGGGAGAAUACUCCGGCAUCGAGCACGUUGUUGUGGAUGGUGUCGUACAGAGCAUCAAGCUCAUCACCAAGGACGCCUCCGAGCGCGUUCUCAAGUUCGCGUUCCAGUAUGCUGAAGAUGUUGGCCGAAAGAAGGUGCGAGCUGUCCACAAGGCCACCAUCAUGAAAAUGUCCGAUGGUCUUUUCCUCAGCACCGCCCGUGAUCUGGCCAAGGACUACCCCAAGAUCGAAUUCGACGCUGAGCUCCUGGAUAACACCUGCCUGAAGAUGGUCACGGAUCCCACCCCUUACAACGAUAAAGUUCUCGUCAUGCCCAACCUGUACGGAGAUAUUCUGUCCGAUCUGUGUGCUGGUCUGAUCGGUGGUCUUGGUCUGACCCCCUCUGGUAACAUCGGCGACGAAUGCUCCAUCUUCGAAGCCGUGCACGGUUCCGCACCGGAUAUCGCUGGAAAGGGCCUUGCCAACCCAACCGCUCUGCUGCUAAGUAGUAUCAUGAUGUUGCAACACAUGGGCCUCAACCAGUAUGCAGACAAAAUCCAGACUGCUAUCUUCAAGGUCCUAGCAGAAGGCAAGACCAUCACUGGAGACCUUGGCGGCAAGGCUAAAACACAUGAAUACGCCGAAGCAGUGGUUAAGGCUAUGAAGUAGAUUUGUCUUUUUAGAGUGCGAUUCUUUGCAUUUUCAUUGGGUCGUACCAACGGGAAUGAGACCAGGUGCGAUGUGCAUAUGUAGGCUCCUGUAGAUGCUGUAUUAUACACCCUGCAAUGUGAUAG